GAUUUGAUACUCUCAGACUGUGUUCAACGGUGUGCCCUUGGCUCCCCCUCCCCUACCACUGUAGCCGAUUUAGGGGCUAUAGUGCGCCCCUACUCUCUUCACCGCCUUCCUCCUCCUCCUCUCCCCUCCCGAUUCCUUCUCUCUCCCGCUAAAUGGAUGGGCACGCUACGACGCUCGCGUGCCCUCCGGUUGCUUCCUUCCCAGAGAAGCCCGCGCGGGCGGAAAACUCCGAGGAGCGACCACCACGCGACUCCACGGACACCGCACCACCGCCGGAGAUUUUUGCCGUCGAUCCGCCAUCCGCCGCGAUUGAUUUGGCUUCCUCCGGGCGGCGAGAAGCAGACGCCGUCGUCCACGCGGAUCCCCUGGGCAGCUUCGCCGUGCGGCGACCCGGUCGAUCCGUGCGAAGACGCCGCCGUCGGUCGUCGUCGCACGCCAGUUCGUCGUCUGCGGGACUCACGUCAAGGCGACAUAUUCCAAUCGGCGACACAUCGACGCUCACCAGAUCUGCUUCUUUCGAGCUGCGACGUCGAAGAAUGGCUGACAACAACUCAAACACUCCUUAUCGACCACCUGCUGCCAGCCCCAAUACAGGUAACCAAAUUUUCCCCCCACCCUUGUGGGAUCCUACGAUGUGGCAGCCCCAAGGGUUCGACCCAACACAGGCUUCAACAUUUACUAAUCCUUCAAAUUCCCAAAUGACAAAUCCUACCUGGUCCCAGGGACCUAAUGACCCAUCUGGAUAUACAUUUCGUACACCAUGGAACCCAUAUUUUGGUAUGACAACUCCUGGGGGUCCUCCUACACAACCAUGUUUCGGUCCAGCACAAUUGUAUCCACACAAUCCAUGUCCACCGGUGCCCACCCAUGUUCCCAACCAGACUGACCCUACACCAUUUGAAUCCGAAGCAGAACACAGCGUCCAGGAAGUUAACAGCCCUAGCAAGCCGUCAGAUACACCAGGGACAUUUAGGAGGACGAAGGAACAGAACUUCAAACCUGAUGAAGACCUGUUGCUUUGCAAAACAUGGUUAGAGAUUAGUAGUGACCCAGUGAUUAGCACAGGGCAGAGGAAGGAGGGUUUGUGGGCUAGAAUAGAGAAAAGGUACAACGAACUUAGAGGUGAGUUUCCAUUGAGACUUAAUAGGGCUCUCAGCAGCAGGUGGGACAAAAUAAGAGCUGAAACAGGGAAAUUUGCCAGAUUCUACGCAAGAGUCCUCAGGGAAAACCAAAGUGGCCUUAUAGAUAACGACAAGACAUCGAAAGCUGCAACUUUGUAUGCAACAUCACAGAAAAAGCCAUUCCAUUUCAUGCACUGCUGGACUCGCCUGAAAAACGAACCCAAAUGGGAUGCCAUGGUUCAUGGCAGCCCCUGGAGAGGCAAUGCGGGGACUGAGCCAGUACGUAGUAUUACACCUACUGGUUCUGUUAAUGAAGUACACACUGAUGAAGGUGGUUCAAAAGGCAAGAGACCAUUAGGACGUGACUCAACGAAAGCAUCAAGGAAGAAGUCAAUGUCCAGUGCAUCCGAAUCUACGGACUACCUGUCAAGAAUCCAUGACAUUCAGAUAGCACGAUUGAAGCAAAGUGAAGAAAAAACAGAGCUGAAACAACAGAACAUUGAGUUCAUGAAGGAAGUUGAACUGAAGAAGUUGGAGGUUCAGUCCAAGGAAAUAGAAGUGCAGCAAAAAAAACUGAUGAUGGAAGAUAGGAAGCAAAAGGCUGAAGAGCUCAACAAACUGUUUGCCAUGGAUAUGGAUGCUUUACCAGAAGAGAUGAGAGUUGUAUACACGGCGAUGAAACAAGGUUUAAUCGAAUAUUUCAUCAACAAUCCUGUGUGACGAGUAAUACUGUAUUUGAUAAGGUGUUUGUCACCUUUGUAUCGGCGAACCGUAGUCCUCUGUGUUUGGACAUGUCUAUUUUAGAGUGGUUGAACAAUUCGUUAUUUGUUUGAGUUAAUCAGCUUGGUUUUCGAACAUUGUUUCAGUUGACAUUAUUGAUAUUGAUAAUAAGGAUUUUGAUACAUUACUUGAGGUUACGAA